AUGACCGUCCUACUUCCGCCAGAAGACAGCCACAGGCUACACCUGGUCCAGGACGGAGAGGCCGAGUCGCUCUGGCUUGUAAGCGGUGCAAGAGCCGAAAGCAAAGGUGCGACGGUUCACACCCAACAUGCAAGUCUUGCGAAAGGGUCAGCACAACGUGCAUCUAUGAGAGACCGAUCCGACCACAAUAUCCAGGUGGUAAAACACUGUACACUCCAUAAACCUCUAUUAAUCCUCCAAUUCUCUAAUUGCCGGAAUAGUUAUAUCAAUGCCCUCGAAGAGCGAAUCGCCUUUCUCGAGGCCCGACUUCCAGCCCACGCUCAAGACCACUUUGAGACUCUUGCGCCAUUCUCCACUGUUGACGAGAAUAAUGACCAAACAAAUCCACAGCCAUAUCCAGAGUCAACAUCAUCUCAUCGUGGUUCCGUCUCUGAAGAUCUUGAUGGCUAUGAACGUAACUCCAUCAUCGAUGGCGUCGCAUAUCUUUCCCUCUGUGCAUCUGGUACAGCUGAAGCGACUCCCGAUCCAACAUACCUGGGGUCGAGCUCCGGAGCUGCCAUUGCUAGGAUGAUACAAAGAUCUAUCUUUUAUAACUCUAGACAUGCCACACGAUUGAACCACCGCUCAGCACGAACUACUCACCCUGUCGAUCCGUAUCUGGACAGUCUGUCACCAACACUGCAUUUCCAUCCAGACGAAUCAUCUCAGAGUUUCCCAUUCCCAGACCAGGCUCGCCAUCUAUUCGAUAUCUUCUUUGACCGGAUGCAUACCCGCUGGCCUAUUCUCGACAGGAAGAAAUACACUGAGCUUUUUGCAAUCCAGUAUCAGCAGGGGUCUUUAUCAAUCACACAGAGAAGCAUCAUGCAUCUAAUAUAUGCCAUCGCCGCGCGAUUCGAGCAGUUGACCCGCAAACCAUCUCAGGUGGAGCACGAGAAACAUCUCUUAGCGGCCAUAGAACCCAUGUAUUACAUUCUUGAGCAGCACAAUCUCGCCACGGUUCAAUUCCUCCUUCUUCUUGCUGUUCACGGCCAGAGGUCACCUUAUGGAGCUGGUGCGUGGAGCCAAGUCCGCUAUGCCGUCUCACUAUGCAUUGAGCUUGGUCUUCAUCGGGAGCGACAAGGCCCAUCACCGGAUCCAGAGGCUGCGAGGGAUCUAGAGAUUCGACGCAGAGCGUUUUGGUCGUGCUAUGGCCUGGACCGAGGAACGAGCGUGGUUCUGGGCAGGGCCUUUGCAAUAUCUGACAGAGAUAUCAAUGUCGCGAUGCCAAAUCCAGGGCGUGAGUUCUGGGACUUGACCCAUGCAGCUUCUGCCACCGAGGAUCAUGGAACAGAGUGGUGCAAUAUCGAACCAUUUAUUCACAUCAUCAAGCUGGAAAAGAUCCAAUCACGCAUACAUCGUACAGUCUUCAGAGUUGACAAAGACAUCUUCUCUGGUCCCGUCGAAGAACGAGUAAAGCUGGAUGGAAAGAUGGCGUCCAUUCGCUCUAACCUCGACACGUGGAUCCAAACAACGCCCCAGUCACCUAAAGACAACGGGAAGAUAACCUGGCUCUAUGAUCCUGAGAGCACCAAUCAGGAUGCUGGUGACUUUUAUAGUCUACAGUAUCACAAAGCCCUGUUGUCCCUAUUCACAGUCUUACUUCCAUCCCUCCCCACCGCCGAUCCCCGGUUCAUCACCACGGCUCAGUCAGCUGCAUGUGUCUGCGUAGCCUACAAACGGCUCAAUCAACAAAGAACACUAACGUACACCAUGAUAUCGCUUCACAGCUGUUUUGUGGCAGGUUUGACUCUGAUGUACUGCAUCUGGAAGGAUAAGAGUCUCUUCAGCUACCACGUCGUUGAGGCUACACAGGCAUGUUCCCAGAGCCUUACAGUGUUUGGCGAGAAGUGGGCGGGGGCUGUGAAAUAUCGCGAUAUCUUUGAUGCUCUGUCAGGGAGUCUUUUGAAGACACUGAUUAGUCCCGGAGGACUCUCUGGGCAUGUGGGCAUGGGGAUCCCAGAGAGACGGCCUCUGCGAACCAAAUUCGAUCAAGGAGGAUCCAGCUUCGACUCCAUUCCAGGUAUACCGCCGCGUCAACCCACCUCGCACAAUGAAAGUGGUCAGGAGGAUAUGACUAUGCGUGGUCUAGUCUCUGACGCUGUAAAAGAAGCGUUCAUGGAGGUGGAUGAGGAGGCACCAGGUGGCUGGCACGGAUGGCAUAUGUGGAACGAGAUGCUAGGAGAGGGUAGUAAUACAGCAGACUUUUCUAACGAUAGCUUUACAGGUAGUGCGACGAAAGGCUAUAAAGAUGUAUGGAAUCUUUCUCAGAAUGACUUAGAUCUAAGUCGAGGGUGGGAAUAG